UGUGUGUGUGUGUGAGAGAGUGAGAGAGAGAGAGACACACACACAGAGACGGAGAGAGUAUGUAUAUGUGUGUGAAUGUGUGUAUGUAAGUGUGUGUGUGUGCGCGUGCGCGUGAGGCCUUCCCCCUUGUAUAAGCGACCCUCUGUCUGCGUAAACUACGGAUGGUCUGUAAAUGGAAAGUAGGAAAUAUUUUACCUCGCGUCGGGAUUUUGCGAAGAAAAAAAAGGAUUAUUUAAACUGAGUCGCCAUUACAAGUAAGGCGCCCAAGUCGACAGAAAGCCCGCAGUUGUGUUUAGGAAGCAAUCCAGAAGCAUUGGAUUACCAAAAAAAAAAAUCAAAAGAAAACAAAACAAACCCAUAUAAUUAUCACAAUGUAGCUAGCCGUCGUAUUCGCGGUGAACGGGCAACCCAAACUCAAGGUCGGCACGAUGCCGGACAAGGACGCGGAUUUGCCUGGAAAUCUACGGACAUAAGGCUUUUUCGGAAUAACCGAUCGGAGCUUCUUUCUUUCUUUCUUUUCUUCUUCUUUUUUUUUUUUUUUUUUUUUUUUUUUUUUUUUAAAUCGAGUUGGGUGGAUGAUGGAUGGCCGAGAUUUCGGGCCCCCCAGAUCCGUGCACGUUCCGCCGCCGCUGCUUUCGGGACUCGCCAUGGAGUCGCACCGACUCGGAGCUUCCGCCGCGCCCGGGAGGAUCCCACCGUCUCCCGGCCACCUGGGCGCGGGCCACCCGGCGGCCGCUCUGCACUCGGGGAAAUAUCUCUCUCCGACCAUUAACAUACAGUCCCACCACAGUGAAGCCUUCCCAGGUGCCUCUAGCUUCCUCAGCAGCUACAUGAGCUCAUCCAGCCCGCACGCGGGGCCGAGCUCGCUUCCCUCCGACCCUGCCUUCAGAGCCCCUAACCCGCCCAACCUGCAGAUGGCUCAGCUCUGGGCUUCACACUCUCAUGAAGGUUUCCCCCACCUUCCCAGCGGUCUGUACCCUAGCCACUACCUUCCCCUGGGUCAUCUUGAGCAUCCUCAACUAGGCCAGCAUUCACUUUUUGACUCACAAAAAGAGGGGUUUUACCUUCCGAGCUCAGUACACUCCCAGUCUGCUAUGGCCCGGAACCUUGUGUCCCAUUUGCCCAGCCCCCUCUCCAGAGAGAAGACGCAAGAGAUCCACAAGAGCUCCAAAGACUCGGGCCGGGAACUGGGAAAGGACAAGCCCUGCAAGAGUGAGCUAGGGCAAUCGGUCCAGCGCAGGGAGCGGGCUAGGGAGGAGCCACGGCCCCACAGCGUGGUUGACCUCACCCAGGAUGCUAAGGCUGAGGAUGAGCGGCGAGUCUUUCAGCAUCAUUCGCCUGCUGCUGAUGUCAAACCAAAAUACCUGCUCCAGCCCCCGCUCAGCAACUGCAGGACCAGCAGUGGCACACCAUCCAGGUACCCAGGUUCAGAAGCGGAAAGAAGGGAGCGGGUCGACGAAAAUUACCAAGCCACUGUCCCCUCUUCUACUGAUAAGCUAAAACGGCUUGACUCAGUGGCUACAUCUUUAGGCACUUUGCACGUUAAUUAUGCCAGCCCCUCCUCCCUCCAGAGCAGUCCAGCAUCCCUCCCACCCAGGCUGGUGUCUUCUGGUGCUUACUCUCCCCCUCACCACAUGCCCCCAAGCUUGUACCCACACUGCUCUGCUGCCAAAGAGCCAGCCAGGGAACACAGAGUGACCGCUCCUACUUAUGUGCCUUCUGUCGAGGUUUACGACGAGCGGAAAGGGCCCAUCCAGAUCGCCUCGCAAGCUCGAGACAAUAAUAAAACAGAUAAGAGCAGGGACAGGGACAUGAACAGAGCAACCCUGCAGGUGGGAUGUGAGAGGACACCUGCACCCUUUCUCAGGAGUGAGUCUCCUUGUCCCAGUGAGCUCAAGAGAGCCGUUGUACGGGAAGAGGGAUCCGUGAUCAGGGCCAAUAAUUUGGCUGUAAGAAGGCCUUCUGUUUUAGAUUUGGGCACAAUCAAAUCCAGCAACAGCCCAAAUACCAAGGACUUACCGAGCGCCAAGCACACAAUCAAAACGGGGCUGGAGGCAGAAAGCCGCAUCCAAGAGCGUGAAAUCGUUCAAAGGUCCGGACCCGCAUUUUCUGGUCUGGAACCCACCACACUCCACUCUGCUGAGACCAAAUGGAAGCCUUUCGAGAUGGGCAACUACGCCGCUAGCCACAUGGCUGCUUUGGCAGCUCAACAUACUCAUGGUCCCAGAGGAGAGGAAGAGGGAAAGCGCAUGUACCUGGAUCGGAGAGGCAGCCCAGGGAGCCUCCAGGGCGAGGAGCACAGCGAGGUAUCUGCUAUGCAGAGCCUUAUCAAGUACAGUGGGAAUUUCUCUGGCGAGGUCAUGUCUAAGGAUAGCCGCACCCCAUUUGGGGGACUGGGUCACCUGAAGCUGGAGGCUUCUCAGCAUGCGAGUGCUAAAGCUCAGCACCUGUCUGGGAAGCAGCUGAAAAGGGAGCCAGAGAGACCCGAAAGCGCUAAAUCGUUCAACCGGGACGGAAGCUCCUCUCAGGGGGAGGCUGAGGUUCGGCACCCCCCAGUGGGCAUCGCAGUAGCGGUGGCUCGACAGAGAGAUAACAGCAGCAAGCUCGGCUCCGUGUCAGACCGAGACAGACCAAUCCUGGCAGGAGGCAUCAAAGGCCCAGGCCAAGAGGAAGAGGAACAAGGACAAGAGCGAACACGUCAUCACGAUGGCCGGCUCCUGCCUGGGCGUUUGGAACACGAGCAAGAGAAGGCAUUGAGAGAGAGUAAGGACUUGGCAGAUUACUCUCAGCUGCAUCCUCCCUUGGUGUCUGUAAGUGGCCUGAACCCAAACCUGAUGGUGACCACCGGAGGUUCUCCCCUGGCGGGGGCGGGUCGCUGGCCUCCUGACCCCACCUCCCAUCUGACUUCCAACCCCUGGCUGCCUCGCCCCGGACCCUCCACUAUGUGGCUGUCUGGUUCUCCAUAUGGAUUGGGGGCACCCUCUCUUCACCAGCCCCUGCCUCCAGGUUACCCCCCCACCUUACCUGGGUCCAUCCCUCAAGCCUACCAGUUUGCCCGGGACCCACAGACAGGACAACUGGUCGUCAUUCCCACCGAACACCUUCCACACUACACGGCAGAGAUGUUGGAGCGUGGACCCCCGCUGUGGUCUGCUGUGUACCCGCCAGCAGGCAGCUCUCUGCAGCACGCCCACCAGCUGCAGCUCCUCUCGCACCAGCAGCUCGUACGCCAACAGGAGCUCUACAUGAUUCAGCAGCAGGCUGCCCAGGUCAUGGAGCUACAGAGGAACGCACAGUUUGUGGAGAGACUAAAAGAACAGCGGGCCGACAUGGAGGACAAAGCAGAGAAGAGGGGUGGAGAGGGCACCAAAACCAACCUCUCAAGUGUAACUGCCUCUGUCCUGCACUCACGCAAGCCCCCUCCACCUUCCCCAACCCCCUCCACCUCACACAAGAAGACCGUGACACCCCUAGCAGUCACACCGCUGCCCUCUCCAGUCACUUCCCUUAAGUCUGAAAAUAGGCCCAAAGUGGAGAGCACACUUCCUCAGCAGUCUUACUCGCAUCCAUCUACCCCAGCACCACAGCCGCUCAGCCCUGCCUCCGCCUUGUCACCUCCCCCUUCCCCCAUACUCCCUAAACAAGAGUCUGUGGAGGUGACCGACAAAGAGGAGCUUGACCUGCAUAAACAAGUAUCUGCUACUUUCCCAUCUAUAUACCCUGAAAUUCCUCCAGGCUACCCCUACCAAUCAAUAACAGCAUCUUUCGGCAGCCAUUACCCCUACCUUCUUCAGCCUGCCACAGCUGCUGAUGCAGAAGGCCUGGCUCCAGCUGUGCCGCUGCAGGCCGAGGGCUCAAAGCGCUUAGCCAGCCCGGCCAGUGUAAAACCCAGUCACAUGUGUUCACCAGUAGUGGCAGAAGCUCUGCAGGCAUCCAGAGAGCCCAAGCGAGUAGAAGAGAGUGUGGUGCCAUUUAAAGAGGAGCCAGGACUGGAGAACAGCAAGGAUGUUUUGGGUCAGGAUGGUAUCACACAGUCUAUCCACUCUGUUGCUUCAAUUUCCAGUCAGGACUCAUGUACUCCUGUUGAAGCAGAGGCCUGCUCAAGAGCUGCAGCCUCACCACUGCCUGAGGAGAGCAAAGAAGAUGAAGAUGACAAGGCAGAUCUAUUCUCAUCUACUCCACAAAAGUUGUACCAAAGAUCAGGAUCAGACUUGGAUGUGAGCCCGGCAGCAGAGGUUUCAAAGAGCUCUCUCAACUUGCCAGAGUCGGCCUUCACAUCCUCCUCCAAUUACACCGACAUGCAACCCAUAGACUGCAGCAUUCGUCCCUCAGACUCGCCUUCAGUUCACACAGAGAGGCUUAUUUCUGCACCCAAGCCCAAAGAACCCACCCAUGACACUCCAGAACUGGAAUCGACACACAGUGAUAUACCGCUUCCAUGCUCCACUCCUCCUGUGCUCCUGCCUGGCCCUGUGCCAGUAGCCAUCCAAACUGAGGACCCCAUGGCAGGCAUGCUGGCACUGCUAACGGCGAGUGAGCUGCCCCAAUCUGGAGUCCUUACCACCAUGGCUGAAAUGACCCCUACCGAGAUGAUGCAUUGCCCAGGAAUCAGUCUCUUGGAGUCUGCUGCUGCUGCGGGCAUGGCCCUGCUUAGCCAAAUGGCCGAGCUUGAGAUGCAGAGGCACCAGAGAGACUCCAUACAGGGCAUAAUGCACUAUGGAUUAGAGAGUCUCCUUGAGGCUGGGAGGCAAAUCCUCCUGGAGGCCAUCGAGUGUCAGCCUCAAGUCAGCAUCUGCCUCCCCAGAGAGCUCAACCCCAACAAGAAAUACAGCUGGAGGCAGAAGAAAGAUGAACCUAUGUUCUCCAAAUCCUCUCUGGAGGGUAUGGAUGCAAUGGAGGUGGACUAUCGUGUGAGACUGGCUGAGCUGCAGCGGUGCUAUAAAGACAAGCAGAGAGAGCUGAUCAGGCUACAGAGACGGAGAGACAAAGUAGAGAAGCAACAGUUGCAGCAACAACAGCUCCAGCAGCAACAAGAGGAAAGGAGCAGGAACCUGGCCAGGAGAGGCCCCGGUCGGCCCCGGAAGCGCAAGCAUGGCCUGUGCGCUCUGUCUCCACCUUCAGGGAAGCUGGAUGCCAAGUGUGGAAAGCUGGCCCAGGGCGCACAGUAUUCAGAGGACUCUGAGAGCGGGGAAGUUCUGAGGAGGCGCUUCCGCAGCUCCACACAGGAGGAGGAAGAGGAUGAGGACAUGGACAUUGGUAUUUUAAAGGCAAAGAAGAGACGUAAGAGCUGGAAUGAGCAAGAAGCAUCCUCUAGUUAUUCUCACGAGGUACCUAAAACAGGCAGUAAGAAGAGCCAAGUAAGUGAGCAAGAGCAGUUGGCGUCAAAGCUCGACAAGGCCUUGUCUCUCACUAAGCUUGGUAAACCGAACAAGGCUGCAUGUAAGUUUGUGGACGGUUCUUCGGGAAAGUCCAGAACUCCCUCUGGGAGCAGGCUGUCUAUGCUCCCGGAUACAAGUGUGAGAAACAAGAUGGCAAAAUCCAAGCUGUCCAAAGAUCUUGGUUUCUUUCACAAAUCCUCCAAAGGAGGUAAAAGCAAAAUGUCCAACAAAUUAAAGCCUUCAGACUCGUGCCUUAAGGGAAAAGGCCAGAGGAAAGCUUCCAACUCUCCAGCAAGGUCAGAGAUCAGCAGCUACUCCAACAACACAGAUUCAGAAGAGGACUCCAUGAAGGAUGGCUGGCCACCUCAUGCCAUGUUGGGUAGAUCAGGACCCUGUGCACAGAUCCCAAGCCAAUACAGCACUCCAUCUAAGAAGAAGCGCCCGUCAUCCAAGAGAACCUCUGCGUCCUCCUCCUCCUGUCUCAAGUCGAAACAGGGGGUGAAAGAAAGAAAACAGAAGCACUUUGCUUUAUUACUGCAAGAGGCAGGAGUCAGCUCCUCUGAGGACUCAUUUGACCAAGAGUACUUUACCGAAAGGGAUGAUUACGAGGAUGAGGACGAUGAAGAGGACUAUGACCGUGAGCUGGAUGAGUUUAAUGCCCUGUGCUCGUCCUCGCUAGAGGAAAGUGGGCUGGGUUUGCUUGCUCGCUUUGCUGCUAGCGCCAUCCCUAGCCCUAUUACCUCUGGCCCGAUGUCCCUCGUUCAGCUGGAGGCCAAGCAGAAAGCCAAGAAAAAGGAGGAGAGACAGAGUCUGCUAGGUACGGAGUUUGAAUUCACCGACUCUGAGAGUGACGUCAAGAUCCGGAAGUUCCCAUCUCUGCUGCAUGGAAAGAGAUCUGCACCCGAGCUCCCUCUGCUACCCCCGGCCACCGUGCUGCGUGAGGACUCCAGCCCUGGCAAACGCAGCCGGAAGCCCAAAGCCCCAGCUGAGCUCAACUUGAGCUUCUCGGCCGAAGGCAGCGAUGAAGAACGCUGGAUCCGCCGCAGGAGCGAGCGCAUUUUCCUCCAUGAUGCCGCCCAAGCUAAACCCAUCUCUCCUUCCAAACCUACAGUGCCCAAAUCGGCUCGUGGCCCCAAAACACCUCUGCAUGGCUCCAAGGACAUACCUAAACCCAAGGAGUCGAAAGCACUGGGAAAGAAGAAGAGGUUGAAAGAGCUCCCCCUGCGUCUGCCGCCACUCUCCAGCACUCCCUCAGAGAGCAGCGCAUCGCUCUCGGUCAGCUCUGGACGCAAGAGCAAGGUUAAACCCAAAGCCAGAGAGGUCCGAGGAAAAGGUGGCGCUGUCAGCAAGCUGAUGGAGAGCAUGGCUGCUGAUGAGGACUUCGAGCCUAACCAGGAUAGCAGCUUCUCGGAGGACGAGAACCCCCGUCUGAGCAUUGAAAGACCCUGUACCCCUGCUCCUCGUAACUGUGUCCUUAAUAAGGAUGAGCUUCAGGACGGAUUGCGUGUCCUUAUCCCUAUGGAUGACAAGCUGCUGUACGCCGGCCACGUCAACACCGUCCACUCACCCGACAUAUACAGCGUGGUGGUUGAGGGUGAACGAGGUAACAGGCCUCAUAUCUACUGCCUGGAGCAGCUGCUGCAGGAGGCGAUUAUCGAUGUUAAGCCCCCCUCUGUGAGGUACCUUCCUCAGGGAACAAGAAUCGCAGCCUACUGGAGCCAACAGUACCGCUGCCUGUACCCUGGCACCGUGGUCAGAGGGAGUCCGGACAUGGACGAGGUGGACGACUUGAUAACUGUGGAGUUUGACGACGGAGACACCGGCCGCAUUCCGCUGUCUCACAUUAGACUGCUCCCUCCUGACUACAAGAUCCAGUGUGCUGAGCCAUCCCCUGCUCUCUUGGUGGCUAGCACUAAAAAACGAGCUCGGAAGAGUAGUAAGGAUGUUCCUGAGAGCAAAGACACAAGCCCCAAAACCGCAGAUGAUUCUGCUCCAAAGAAUAAGGGGAGAGGGAGAAAACCAAAACCCAAACCUGAGCCUGAACUAGCUCAAAAGGAGCAUGAAAAACCUGACCAAUCAGCCCCUGGACCAGCGCAGGAGAGACCCCUUACUACCCAGAAAAAUGGCCCACUGCUAGGAAGGAAGAGUCAGCCUGCCAACACAACCAACCCCUCCAUCCCCAUACCUGCUGAAGGCCAGAAGAAAACUGCUGUAGCCAAACCCCCAGCCAAAGUACACUCGCAGCCCAAGUCUGUCUACUCAUCUGCGCUUUAUGGAAAAGUUCUCUCGGUGGAUCUCUACAAUGACCCGUCUGCUUCAUUAGCUUCCUUUAUGUCCAACAAUGAGAGCGGGAAGGCAAAGGCUGUCAAAAGAGUCCGGAAGAGUGAAGAUGAAGGAGCAGCGUUUGGAGUGAAAACCCAACGCAAGCAGCCUCAGACAGAGAUCCUGAUCAAGUUGGACCAUGAGGGCGUGAUGUCCCCCAAGACCAAGAAGACCAAAGCUCUGAUGAUGAUGGAGGGUCAGAACCGCACAAAGAGAGACAGUAAAGCCGUGAUGGGUGUUAAUUACACUACUGUCACCUCCACUACCCCUACAGACAAAACACUGAAGCCGAAGACCGAGCCUGAGACAGUUAAUACAGACAGCGUUGCAAACUACAAUAUCCGUAAGCUGGGAAGCAGCACAGACAGCCGCGUUAGUGUGAAGGGCUCAGGAGAGAAGGAGGCUCAAUCGGAAAACUGUAGUAGCAGCAGUAGCAGCAGCUCGGAGUCUGAUGGAGAGGAGGAAAGGAGGACCUCGCCGGAAACAAAGACCAAACAGGACAGCAGCUCUACCAGCUCCCGUGCCUCUAGCCCCACCUCUUCCAGCUCGUCCAGCAGUAGCUCCUCUUCUACUGCUGGAUUUAAUUCAUCAUCUUCAUCGUCCUCCUCGUCCUCCACCACCAGUGAUGAGGAGUCUUCGUGUAGCUCGGAUGAGGAGGCAACUGCAGUUCCGCAGCCCCUUUCUCCUCAAGAGCAACCUCCAACAGAGAACGAUGAAGAGGAUGUAGAAGAGAAAGCUGAGGUGAAGACAGAGCUCCCUUUGACCACAACCAAGGUCCAGAAACAGCAAGAUCCUCCCAAACAGCAGGCAAAGCAACAGAAGCAGCAGAAGGUGAAGAAGAGCGUUGGUCGGCCUAAGAGGAGAGAGGGCAUCCACCUGCCCACUACAAAGGAGCUGGCUAAGAGACAGAGACUGCCCUCUGUGGAGAACAGACCCAAGAUUUCUGCUUUCCUCCCAGCCAGACAGCUGUGGAAGUGGUUUGGGAAACCUACUCAGAGACGGGGAAUGAAGGGCAAAGCAAAGAAACUCUUCUAUAAGGCCAUUAUGCGAGGCAAAGAAAUGAUUCGUAUUGGAGACUGUGCUGUUUUCUUGUCUGCUGGACGGCCUAAUCUUCCAUUUAUUGGUCACAUCCAGAGCAUGUGGGAGUCUUGGGGAAACAAUAUGGUGGUUCGUGUCAAAUGGUUCUACCAUCCCGAGGAAACCAACCCAGGAAAGAAACUUCACGACAAAAAGAACUGGGAUCAGAUGUCUGGAAGGAAUCUCGCUGCUGUUCUGCAGGCAUCCAACCAGAGGAAGGAUUUCAUGGAGCGGGCCCUGUACCAGUCCUCUCACGUUGACGAGAACGAUGUUCAGACCAUCUCCCACAAGUGCUUGGUGGUUAGCCUGGAGCAGUAUGAACAGAUGACUAAAACUAAGAAGUACCAGGACAGUGAGGACCUCUACUACCUGGCUGGCACUUACGAACCCACUACUGGUAUGAUUUUCAACACUGAUGGUGUUCCUGUCAUCUGCUGAGGAGUGUUCUUAUCAGCCAGCUACGUCACAGGAAUGAGCUGUAGAAGAUUGUAGAAGAUGACUGAGAGCUCCCGACGUUGUUCCCGAUUGACUGAACUCAUGGUAAUGUUCCCGAACGAGACCACUGUUUGUCUUCGCUGAAUGACACAUGGGGACUGAGAUUGAUGAUAAGCACAAACAUGGACGUGGAAUAUAUUCCAGAUGACGGCAGUAUACAGUCUGUCAUCAUUGUUAAAGUAUGUGUGGAGAAGGCAAAUGUGGAGCACGUGUCUAACCUGUUAACAGAGGACAGCCCGUUCCAGCUCUGAUAUAACGACAUAAGCAUGGUGAACAAAUCAAGCACCGUUUUCGAGAAAGAAACGAGUGCGCACGUCAAGAUCAUCUUUAAGGUCAAACAUGUCUGCACAGCUGAGCUCUUGUGUCUCUAGCUGUUAGCAUCAGAAUGGGCACUGAUGCAACACAACUUGGUGGAACUGAAUCUGCUGGAGAGAAGGCUGCAACGAACCAACUUCGUGGGCCCAGCUUGUGGUGGAUGUGAUUUAAACUGACAGGACAUGUCACACUUACUACUCCAAUCCACCUAGAGAAGCUAUCCGUACCAGCACUCUGCUGUCCAGCGACCUCCUGGUAAAACCGUGCUGGAACUUAACACAACGACAGCCGGGUAAUGAACUUGGACAGCUGAUACAACCCUGGACUCCUAAAGCUACAACCGUACUGACACUGGCACUCUUCCUGCGCUACAGAGUGUUUAUUCGCAGGAAAGUGAGUCACCUUUCUAGCCCAAAAGAUCUAUUGGGGUAUUUAUACGGGCCUGUUUUCUAGCCAGCAAGGCAGAAAGGGCUCUCUGUACGAGUCACACGCUAACGUCGUGGUCUGAACCGUUGUACAGAUAACUACAAUUGUACAUACACUAUAUAUACAUGAUAUACCCACAUUUUAUUUUCAUGUACAAUAGAUUUAUGUGAAAGUAAUUUUUUUAAAGUGGUAAAAGGAGAAAAAAGAGAGCUUUAUUAUACUGUGAAUCAAAGAUCAAAAUUAGGUGAAAAUCAGGAACUCGAUUAUGAGGAUCUCGGAAAUUGUUAAUGGAACCGAAUCUCAAACCCACUACGUCGACGAUGCGGUAUAAUUUGCAAUGUAAUAUCAAGGAUACUAUUACAGGACAUCAUGGUUUUCAGACCGGUUGUCCAUUUUUGCAUUUUUUCAACAGAAAGCACUUAAAUCUACCCUUCCCGUCUCUUGUAAGAUGAAUUUUCUUUGACAAUCCCCAGUGCAGGCGAACUUGAUACAUCCACGAAGAGAAUAGAUCGCAUCUUUCAUGGCUGCCAGCUGUCCUGACUGGUCACCACCUGGUCAGCCUCAUGCUAUUUCAGCCCGUCAGCAUGUACGUG